UGCACCCAAAAUAUAGAUUGAUGUCCCAAACAAAUAGGGAGCCAGACUUGCAAACUAGCAUUUGGUCUGGUUUCUGGGCAGUUAAGAGUUUUGCUGAGAUCAAAGUUGGGACUGAGAAUAUUGGCCAUAGUAUAAUCUCAUCUGUAACAGUUUCUUGUUCAGCAAAUAUGGUGACUCAGACAGUUGAUCUCCGUUCCGACACUGUCACCAAACCAACCGAGACAAUGCGGGCUGCUAUGGCAGCUGCUGUGGUUGAUGAUGAUGUUCUCGGCUCUGAUCCAACAGCAUUCCGCUUGGAAUCAGAAAUGGCAAAGAUCAUGGGCAAGGAAGCAGCACUUUUUGUACCAUCAGGCACUAUGGGAAACCUCAUUAGUGUGCUUGUUCAUUGUGACAUUAGAGGAAGUGAAGUCAUUCUUGGGGAUAAUUCCCACAUUCAUAUUUUUGAGAAUGGAGGCAUCUCAACAAUUGGAGGUGUACAUCCAAGAACAGUGAAAAACAACAAUGAUGGAACAAUGGACCUCAAUUUAAUUGAAGCUACUAUCAGAGAUCCACGAGGAGAGCUUGUGUUUCCAACCACCAGACUUAUAUGCUUAGAGAACUCACAUGCAAACUGCGGUGGUAGAUGCUUAACUGUGGAGUACACAGAUAGAGUUGGAGAGAUAGCCAAGAAGCAUGGCUUAAAGCUUCAUAUUGAUGGUGCCCGCAUUUUCAAUGCAUCUAUUGCACUUGGUGUUCCUGUUGAUAGACUUGUGCAAGCGGCUGAUUCAGUUUCGGUUUGUCUCUCGAAAGGUAUUGGUGCUCCUGUUGGAUCUGUGAUUGUUGGAUCCGAAAGCUUCAUUUCCAAGGCUAGAAGGUUGAGGAAAACUUUAGGUGGUGGAAUGAGGCAGGUCGGUAUCCUAUGUGCGGCUGCUUUAGUGGCUUUACAAGAAAAUGUUGCAAAGCUUGAGGGUGAUCACAAGAAAGCUAAGACUUUAGCAGAGGGACUAAAUCGAAUCAAAGGAAUAAGAGUGGAUACUGAGAUGGUUGAGACAAAUAUUCUGUAUGUUCAUGUUGAUGAGGGAUCAACAAUCAGCGCAGAAAAGUUGUACAAAAAGUUGGAAGAUUAUGGAAUACUUGCGAUGAAAGAAAGCUCAUCAAGCAUUAGGAUUGUUCUCCACCACCAAAUUUCAGAAAGUGAUGUGCAGUACACUUUGUCUUGUUUUCAGAAAGCUCUAACUGGAGCCCCUGAAGAAAAUGGACACUAUUGAGAGAAACAUCACCAUUGUCCUUCCAUCCUGUUUGGAAAUGUUGUUAAACAUGUGGGAUAGUAAUAAGUUUGAUCUAUCUGGAUUUGGAAGUCAUGAAUGUGUACAUAAGGAAAACUAUGUUGCAUGUUGUUUGUGUAACCUUGUUGUAUCUGCACUUCAUUUGGAUGCUUUAAAAACUCAAAAUGUAUGCAAUCUGUAACCAGAGGGUUCCAUGCUCCUCCUAGUUUUUUUCCUUCAUUGAC